CCUGUUGUGCUUUUAUUUAUUUAUUUUUCAUGGAGGAAAUGAGCUUCCAUCAGAACCCAGUUCUGGUACCAUCCUGUUAUACCAGAACUGGGUCCAGCUCAGAACCAGAACCAGAACUACUGAGACAGACCGGCCCAUUAAUAUUAUGAUGAUGAUGAUGUUGUGGUGAAGACACGUGAUCCUUGCGGUCCUUCGGGUCUGACGUCACCCCCCCUCUGAGUCCAUCAUGGAGUGAGGAGGAGGAGGAGAUGGGGAUCGUGCGGUGCCUUCCUCCCCGACAUCAGAACCUCCUGCUCGGUCUCAGCGUUCCCGGCCCGGUUCGGAGGAGGCGGCGGGGCUGAAGGAGGAGGACGAUCCGAUGGGAGGAGGAGGAGGAGGAAGAGGAGGCAGAACCGCAUCCGCCGCUCGCUGCGGAACCAUGAAGACGCCGCACCGCGCGGCGGCCGCGGCAGCUCGACCCAAGCGGAGCUGAACCGGAGAAGAUGAACGAGGAGCCGCGGCCCGACGAUGACAGCUACAUCGUGCGGGUCACGGCGGUGGUGAUGACCCGGGACGAGUCCAGCGGCGGCUGGCUGGCGCUGGACGGCUGCCUGAGCCGGGUCGGGGUCUGCCGGCUGCGGCCCGACGGGCUGCAGGGCCGGAACAGCUUCCUGAUCCACGGGGAGCGCCUCAAGGACCGGCAGGUGAUUCUGGAUUGUUUCUUAAAGAAAGACCUGGCCUACACAAAGGCCACGCCCACCUUCCACCACUGGCAGGUGGACAAUAAGAAGUGCGGCCUGACCUUCCAGUGUUCGUCCGACGCCCGCGCCUUCGACCGCGGCGUGAGGCGAGCGCUGGAGGACCUGGCAGAAGGUUCCACCACGUCUUCAUCGACGCUACAGAAUGAAGCCGAGCUCGGGGACGACGACGUCUUCACGACGGCCACCGACAGCUCGUCCAACUCGUCUCAGAGGAGAGAGCCCGCCAUGCACGCGGCGCCGGCUCACUUCUGCGAGCCGCGCCGGCACCACUGCAUCCUGGGACAUUUCUAUGAGCACCACCGGCCCUCGGACCACUACUUCCUGGACCCGGCGGUCCACAUCUUUCCUCGUCACGCCAGCUUCCCUCUGGAGGAGGAGGACAUCGUUCGCUUCAGCCCCCGUGAGCGCAGCUGGCUCACCGGCUACGAGGACUACCGUCACGCCAACGCCACGCGAGACAAGCUCCCGCAGCCGCGCAACCCGGACACCUGCGUGCAUUUCACCAAGAGCGACGCGCCGAAACGCGACUACACGUACCCGUACCCGCUGAGCUGCGGCGUGCAGCGGGGCUUCGACAGCAAGCCGGGCCGCCUCGAGGCGGGCGGCGGCCGCAGGGCGGUGGUGACGCUGCAGCCGCGGCCUCCGGCGUCCAAAGGGAAGUGUCACAUGGAGGACGGGGAGCGGCUCCGCUGCGUCUACUGUCAGGACAUGUUCAACCACGAGGACAACGGGCGGGGCCAGUGCCAGGAGGCGCCGGACCCCAUCCAGACCUGCAUCCGCCGGGUCAGCUUCAUGUGGUGCGCCGACAGCCUGCUGUACCACUGCAUGUCCGACCCGGAGGGCGACUACUCGGACCCCUGCUCCUGCGACACCAGCGACGAGCGCUUCUGCCUGCGCUGGACGGCGCUGGUCGGCCUGUCGCUGCUGGCGCCCUGCAUGUGUUGCUACGCCCCCCUGAGGGCGUGCCACCGCUGCGGCGUGGCCUGCCGCUGCUGCGGCGGCAAGCACAGGGCCGUGGGCUGAGCCGCGCAGGCCCCGCCCACUCCACAGAGACCGUCACCGCUGUUCUUUCUGUUGUUCAUGUGGUUCAUCUGUAGAAGGAAGUGAAACUUCGUGUCAACCGUUGUGCUUUUUCUGUCACUCUGAGGACCAAAUGAAGAAAAUGUCUCCAUGAAAGUUUGGAUAUUUGGAGGCACCAGGUUCACCUGGAGAACGUCCAGCAGGAUUCCUGCAGGUCAGUGAAGGUGGAGCUGCUGUUCAUCUGGAAGAAGCUGCUUCAUUCUCUUGUUCAGACAGAAUAUCACAGCAACUCAGACAUUUAUUCUACACAGAGGGAUAUUUCUGAUAUUUCUGGCUUACAGCUAAUAAGAUUCAAAAUGUUAUUCAGAAAAUUAGAAAAUUUCAUUUCCAAAAAAAGAAAGAAAAAAAAAUCCCCCAAACCUUCAGAUGAGCUCUUCACUACUCUCUCAGUGUUGUUGCUUGUUCACCUUUUCUACACACUUUCUCCUUCCACCCAAUUUUUCCUUAGUAAUCUUGUACAGUGGUGUGUGUUAGCCACCGCCUCCUAAGCUUUUGCAGCUUUCCCUCCUUGUUGUCAUGGCAGCAGUCUUCCUCAUGACACAACUGGAUCGUUUUAUUGGUCUGGUGGUUCGGGUUUUUCAGAAUCUGAACAAAACAUCUGGAACUGGACGUUUAUCCCUCUGUGUGGCAUAAAUAUGAGACCUGAUUGAAAUUUAAUAUUUCAUCUUUCUAGAACUUAACUUGGCAUUUUGGAAAAAUAAAGUAAACAUUAGUCACUGAAAAGUCCAAGAUGGCCGCCAUGGUGGUGAAGGAGAAAAUAUGUUUGCACUAUAAUCAGCAGUGGCCACAGCUAACCACAAACUUCCAUUUACUAAUGAUGUAUUCGUUAAACAAAAACCUUAGCUCAGCUACACUAAAGACAUAAAAACAUUAGCAGAGCUAAUGCUAACCUGCUAAACACAAAAAAUUAGCAGACGCUAACCAUUAAGUUGCUAACUUGUAUGAACAGGAUGACCAAAUUUAAAAACAAUUGGACUUGGAUGACAUAAAAUUCAUCCAAGUCAUGAAAAUGGUAACAAUAACUGGUUUAAAAGGCUCAAAAAUGAUGACGCCAUCUUGAAAAAUAGUCGUCACCCUGAAAUUCAAGUAGCUGGUGGGAAAAAUGAAAAACCUAAGACCUGAAUUUUUAUGCUUGUAUCCACACUGGAAUUUUUUUACAGUAAAAUGAUGCAUUUAACUGCUUAUUGUAAUGGAGAAUCUCCUGGUUUAUCACCAACACACACACACAUAUAUAUACACACACAUAUGCACACACCAUGGCGGUAUGUAAAGUGUGUCAGCAGAGGCGCUGUGGUGAAAACCAGCCGGUGAGUCCUCAGCUCAGCUGCUUGGUUCUGGAGCAGGCUGUCCAAACACCACGAGGAUUUUUGGGCCCAGAUUCCUGAGAAUUGAUGAUUUUGACCCAAGUGGCGUAAAGUCUGGAGGAGCGUUGCUGCUCUGCUGUCUGGAGCCCAGCAGAGGCGCUGCAGCAGAUAACAGGAACACAUGCGGAUGAUCACAAUCCGGGUCAAAGAACAGCUAACAGAAAUCAGAGCUGAAGUUUGAAAUCUAUUUUUUUAUUGGUGUAAUGACAGUUUCCCCAGCUCCCGCCCAGCAUUUCAGAGCAAGGUUAUAACGUAUAUUAAUACAGGUUAUAACGUAUAUUAAUACAGGUUAUAACGUAUAUUAAUACAGGUUAUAACGUAUAUUAAUACAGGUUAUAACAUAUAUUAAUACAGGUUAUAACGUAUAUUAAUACAGGUUAUAACGUAUAUUAAUACAGGUUAUAACGUAUAUUAAUACAGGUUAUAACGUAUAUUAAUACAGGUUAUAACAUAUAUUAAUACAGGUUAUAACGUAUAUUAAUACAGGUUAUAACGUAUAUUAAUACAGGUUAUAACGUAUAUUAAUACAGGUUAUAACGUAUAUUAAUACAGGUUAUAACGUAUAUUAAUACAGGUUAUAACGUAUAUUAAUACAGGUUAUAACGUAUAUUAAUACAGGUUAUAACGUAUAUUAAUACAGAUAUUUUUGCUACAGCUACAGAAACUGGGCCUUAAUGGCAGCAGCAGGAAGCAGUCGACUCAAGUUUUACACCCGACAUUGGGUGAGAACCCAGUGGGGAAACGAUCCAGAUGUUUGUUCAGAUAUAAAUUUAUUGAUGUUUCUGGGCUGAAUGUGUUUUUAAGUAUAGCUUGACAUCGGGACAAAUGGUGUUUGGGAAAUUCAUUUGUGUUUUUUAAGUUUAACGGACGAUGAGUUACGGUCCGGUCCGGUCCGGUCCGGUCCAGUCCGUGUGGCCUAGCUUAGCAGCGCCUGCUAGCGCUUAGCUUCCUGGUUGUCCUUGAUGUUCUUGUGCAAAGUGAUCCAGUUCCUGUAAAAUUAUUAGCGAUGCUAGCAGUUAGCAUUGUGCUAACAUAGGCCACAUGGUGCUGCAGCUGAAAUGUUCUGCUGAAGCUCGGUGGCAAACAGGAAGUCAGGACAAGAUGAGGUCAGUUCCAUCUGCUUUUCCAGACGUUUCCUGGUACAGACUGUAAAGUUGGUGGAAGGAAAACAUCUGUGAAAACUGUCGGCGAUGGCCUUGCAGUAAACAGUCUGGUCAGAGCGCAGCAGCUGGUUCGCAGUCUGGUUCCCAGUCUGGUUCCCAGUCUGGUUCCCAGUCUGGUCAGAAUGCAGCAGCUGGUUCCCAGUCUGGUUCCCAGUCUGGUUCCCAGUCUGGUCAGAGCGCAGCAGCUGGUUCCCAGUCUGGUUCCCAGUCUGGUUCCCAGUCUGGUUCCCAGUCUGGUCAGAAUGCAGCAGCUGGUUCCCAGUCUGGUUCCCAGUCUGGUUCCCAGUCUGGUCAGAGCGCAGCAGCUGGUUCCCAGUCUGGUUCCCAGUCUGGUUCCCAGUCUGGUCAGAAUGCAGCAGCUGGUUCCCUCCAGAGAGAAGCAGCAGUCUGGACCGUCAUGUCCGCCGUCAGAGAUGAGUCCCCAAUAAAAAAUUAAGCGUCCAACAGGAAGUGUGUCCAGCGUCUUGAGAAGCCACUUCCUGUCCAUGUGUCGGCCGGCGGUGGCUCUCUCCAGGGAAAGUGCCUGAAGCCUCUUCAUCGUGUCUUCAUCAGUCUAAUAACUAUGAUGAAAAAAACGAAGGUGCAGUCCACCAGUUUGUCUUUUUAUACAUAAUUACAUUUAUACCAGUGUAAAAACUGAAUAUAUGAAUAUAUACUGUAUAUGUAUAUGUAUCAGGUCAGCAAUGUACAUUUUUCAGUUCUAUUUUUUUAUUGUUUCUAAAAUGAUGGAUGUCAAAGAUACAAAGAAAAAGACUAAAAUCUGAAAAAUAAAAUAAAAGCUCAAAUUUA